AUGAAUAAGGAAGUGUGUAAAAGGUUCAAGAAUGUAUGGGAGGAUUUUCCCGAUACAUUGAAUAAUGGAGACUAUCAAUUUAAUAUCGAUAGACAUUUUAAAACAUAUUGUACUAAUAAUAAUUGUGAAAUGCCUCUCGAAAAAAUUAAUGCUGCAUGUUUAUAUUUGUUUGAUGGAUUCUUUAAGGAUGCUGAUUUGUUUAAAUCUGUUGCAAAAAGUAACAUAGAUAUUGUUGAAUACAUUAUGAUAUGGUUAAGUUAUAUGGUAAACCUAAAGAAUAAUGAGCCAAACCUUACCAAUCAACAACAUUUUUAUACUGCAUAUAUAAAGAGUGGCAAUAAGUAUAAUAAUACUAUAAAUCAUGUUAGUGGUUACAAUAGUUACAAGAAACUUAUAGAUAAAAAUAAUUAUUUUUUAAGUAUGGAUAAGAGCAUUAUAUUUAAAUUUUAUGAUGCAUUUAAAUCAUUAUGUAACUUGUAUAAUGAACUUGAUGACAAUCAAAAUUGCAAAAAAUAUUUGGAUGAUGAUAACGAUUUUUUUAAAAAAUAUGAAGAACUUAAGAAAGAUUCUAGUAUUACUGGAAACAAUUCAUAUAUUAAAAUAUUAUAUACUUUAUCAGAUGAUUAUGAUAAUUUAAAAAAUAAAUGUAAUAAUUCUCCAUCCCUUCUAACUAAUUCACUAAUUUCAAUUGCAUUUAUAUUUGGUGCAAUAGCAUUGUUUUUAGGAAUUUCUUAUAAGUAUUCGUUAUUUGGAUUUCGUAAACGAUUUCAAAAACAAAAAUUAAGGGAAAAAAUAAAAAAUAUAAAGAAGAAAAUGAAUCAUUAA